AAAUUAAUUACAGAAAAUGAUUAGAAAUUUAACUUAAAAAUUGCUAAGACUAAAAAAAAGUAAAGAAGAUAUGUUCCAAAAAAAAAAGUAAAGAAGAUUAUUGUUUACCUAAAUUCUGAAUAAUCGAGCGUUCUGCAACUCUAUGUAGUAUUAUUCCAUUCGUCUUCAACCUUCGCCAACUCAGAGCAUAUCUCUUCUUCUUCUUCAACUAUUAGUUGAACAAGAGGAUCAACAUUUGAGACAGAAAGUUUGUUAUGAAGAUAUUUCUCAUUAGGUAAAGUUGAGUACAAUGUACAGAUUAUAUACAAACUACACUAAACCAAAAAUGAUUAAACCGGCAAAAUGAAACCGGAAAUAACUGAAAUAAUGAACUCAAUAGGCCCCCUCAAGAUGUGCAGAAGAUGUUACGUAUACACAUCUUGAAUUUUAAGUGUUCAAACUGAUGAGGGAACAAUGGUUUAGUGAGAAUAUCAGCAAUUUGAUCCUCUGUUCUGACGUGAAGAGUCUUGAGUAAACCCUUAUCAAUCUUUUUACGAACUGUGUGAUAAUCCAAUUCAACAUGUUUGGUACGUUCAUAAAAAAUCGGAUUCGUAGCAAUAUAGAUCGCAUCAGUACUAUCAGAGAAGAUUCUUGAGUAAACCCUUAUCAAUCUUCUCACGAACUGUGUGACAAUCCAAUUCAACAUGUUUGGUAUGUUCAUGAAAAAAUUGAUUCGUAGCAAUAUAGAUCGCAGCGGUACUAUCAGAGAAGAGAAUAGGCAUGGAAGAUGAUGGAACUCGCAGCUCUCGAAGUAAGAUGCAGAGCCACAUCAUUUCACAUGAAGCUAAAGCAAGGGCUCUCUUUUAUGCCUCCGCAGAUGACCGAGACACUGUUGGUUUCUUCAAAAUUUCUAACACGAUUCAAAAUACAAAUACAUGAUUGUUUACAUGUGAAAACUUCACUUAGAAAAAAAGACAAUUAAACACCACAAAGAAUGCAUACUCAAACAAAAAUUGACGUACCUCCUCCACUAAUCAUUAUUAAUCAUCAGCAGCAGCAAGAACAUGCAUGUACAAACAGCUUAUAUAACUACGGCAUUCCAAGAACAACAUCAAACUACUCAAUAUUACCAACAAUUUUGUAUAAAUUGUCUUUCGAGCGUAAUAUUUAUGCAUGCACAAAUCAUUUUGUUUUAAUAGCCACAAAGGAUGCACAUUAAAUAUGUCCGGUUAAACCAUAAUUUUCUCACCAUAAUCUUGCCGUCAGUGCCGGUCCGGACUCAUGUGACGCCUAGACGCACAUAGAAAUUGUUGCCCUUUAGCUAUAUCUUUUUAUUUAGUGACAAUAAUAAAUACCAUUAAAACAUAUUUUAAAGAAAAUAUUUUUUUUAUACAUCAUUAUAUUAUUUGUAAGAAUAUGUUUUACCUUUUUCUGCAAAAGUAUACAUUAACUUUUAAUAAUCAAAUUUGUCAGUCAGUUCGUGUUCUAUUAUUAUCAUCGAUAAUCCAUUUAAUUUCUCACAAGGCAUAUAAUUUUUAUGAGUUUUAAAUUUUUUUUUCUAAAAACAAGUUCUACUUGAUAAUCAGUUUUUGUUGUAAAAAAUAUUCACUAUUUUAAAAAUGUCUAAUAUCUCAACCUCUUUAGUAGUUUUCCUUGAACUUUUUUAGUUAAUGAAAUUCUAUAAAAUGAUUUUUUCCUGUGAUUAAAAUAAAUUUAACAAUAAUUUUCAUUUGUAAAAUUUUAAUGAACUUUUACAGAAUUCCAGAGAACAUAACUAACUUCUAAUAAUUAUAUAUUUAUUCAGAUUUCAAUAAACUCCUCAAAUAGAUCAUAAAACGUAUGACAUAAAUAAGGAGAAAUAGAGAAGAAUUGGAAAGGCUUUCAUGGAAAAUGGGAAAUACAUAACCUUUAAGAACAAUCCAUCAACAAAUAAGGAUAUAGUUACUUCAGAAUUAAAAAUGGUUAAGAAAUAUUAAAACCUAAAACAUAAAGUGUCGUUAAAGUAUAAGGAAUUAAUAAUUAGUAUUUAUUUUACAUCAUAUAUAAUAUAAUAAAAGAAAUUUAAAUGGUUGAAAGGGAAGAAACAAAGAUUCGUUUUACAUCCAACACAUUUUAUUCAUUGUUAUUAUUAUUAAAGAGAAAAAGGAAAAAUAAAAUAAAAUGUCUACUUGAAAAACACCAAGUCAAAUCUACAAACCUCUACACUAAAGAGACUUUACAACAUUUUGGGGCUCUUUAGAUACUUAUAGUUUUUGGCGCCUAAAAUCCUUUCUUUAUGGGUUUUAGCCCUGCUUGCCGUUCAUCGCAAAAAAAAAAAAAAAAAAACACAAGCAGUUCGAUCUGUUUAUAUAUGGGAGAACAAAUCCACCUCAUAUUUGCAUAGAUAGAUCGGUUCUACGAUAUUUAAUACUUAUAAUGUUUUUUUUAUUUGAAUGGCACAAAGUUUUCUCUUCUUUGUUUUGGAUUUGUGUUUUUUUAUCUAGACAAGAAAUAAAUAUACACAUAAAUUAUUGGUUCAGGUCACAGAAACUCGACAAACAAAACAUUCAAGACUUGAAAGAUUGCACUAUGUAAUCUGGAAGCAAGUUUGGCUUGAUAAAAAUGCAUUUGUGUUUUUUAAAAACAUUCGAACUUAACAAGAUGUCAAUACUAGAUAGAAUGAUAAAGGAACAAUAUGAGUUUUUGUUGAUUUUGGAGUGACUUAAUUUUGGUGCACCGAUAAAUGAUACCACGACACCUCUUUUAGUAGAUAAGAAAGCUUUUUGGAAGGAAAACAGAAUAUUGGGGUUCGAAACUGUAUAAAUACAGGUGUAGUGGGUUAUAAAUCUUUCAGUCAUAUAAUCGAUAUACAAACUCUAAAACGAGUAUUUGCUUUAAUCGUGUUUUCUCUCUAAGUAUUCUUGUUUUCUUUGUGAUUGAUUCACAUUUCUUCACAAUCGUUUUUAACUUUAACAAACUUCAGUAUGUAAAGUACAUUAGUUUUACAUGAUCGAUAUAAAUUCUUAGCUUCUUCAGUAUUCAGUUUACUUAUCCUCAUGUCCAAAAUAAGAUAAACAAAAAUAUAGUAAAACAGCAAAACAAAGUAAAAAUUAGAGAACAAGUCAAAAAACAUAAAUGGCCACCCACAAACUUCUCGACCGGAGUUUAUUCAUUUCUUCUUCACCACAAACACCAUAAUCCGAAUUAUGAAAAAAAAGAACACUAUAAAUUGACUUGUCAUCGCAAAAUGAAAAUAUCAAUCAAUCAAUCAAAGCUCAUUUAUCAUCCAAAGAAAGAACCACACUUCUUAUAAGUUAAAGUUGAUAAAAUCAUGUCAAACUUGCAACAAUCGUACAAUGCUGGGCAGACCAGGGGCCAAGCUAACGAGAAGGCCGAGCAAUGGACUGAAUCAGCCAAGGAAACUGCACACAACGCUUGCGACAAGACUGCUAACGCAGCUCAGUCCACCAAAGAAUCUGCCCAACACGGGCAACAACAAGCCUCUGGUUUCAUCCAACAAACCGGAGAGUCCGUGAAGAAUAUGGCUCAGGGUGCGGUUGAUGGUGUCAAGAACACUCUUGGAAUGAAUGAGAAGAAGAAAUGAGAAACUAUUAUCAUUCUCAUAUUAUAUUAUUCAAUACUUUUGGAGAUAUCUCUAAAGUUUGAAAAAUUCUUGUUUUACUAACUAAUUUUGUAAUAAAGUUUUGAUAUUUUUUUGUUCUUUUUUACAAGAUCUUGUCAUGAGACAUGGCAUAAGUAAUAAAGUGGUGGGAGUCACCCAUUCUAUAUGUUAGUAGUGGUGCUCAUUUCUCGCAACACAUUCUUAAUUUUAAGAAAAUGUAUAUUUUACAAAUGAAUCUGAAUGGAGAAAAAUAAGUGUUUUUAUUGAAUAAUAAUGCAGAAUUGUCUUUAUUGGCAACAUACAAGUUCUCAUUCUCAUUUUGACAGAAGAGAGAAA